AUGUCCAUACGGAUAAAGAGGCAUGAGGAAGAACGACAAUUGUCAUAUGAAGAUCAAAUUUCGAUACAAAAGCGACAAUAUGGUUUAAUUAAAUCAUCAAACAACGAAAAUCAAUACCAACGUCCACAACACGAUUAUCGUUGCAUACAUCGUCAACCACUUCAAACGACAAGCAACUAUCAUUAUUAUCCCUUUAGUACACGGCAGGUAUUAGCAAAUUAUGGAUAUGCUUUAACAAAUUGUCCAAAACUUGGUUAUGGACGUUACAGCAAAGUAUGUGAGGGUAUACAUCUUCGAACUAACAGAAAGGUAUUACGCUAUUAUAAAAACAAUUAUGCUAAUUUCCUAAACUAA